AUGGAGGGCUCUAACGCAAGACAAGCACGACUGUUAUAUCGUUUUGGGAAGCAACCGCUGAAGGAAAUCUUUCUCGAAUCCCAUCCAGAACUCGCUAGGCCAUUUCAAGGUGCCAACGCCGUCCGACGGUUUCCAGACGCUUGUGGAAUUGAAAUUAAUAUCGAAGUGUCUAUCAUGUUCGCCCACAACGAUCUUGUUUCACCCAAUAUUCUUCUAUCGCCAGGGCCGAAUCCAAAAGAAGCAGCGAUUAUCGACUGGGCCCAGGCUGGGUGGUAUCCUGCGUACUGGGAAUAUUACAAGGCGCGACGAGUAAGGGUUGAUCCAUACUACUUCGAUGAUGCUGGAGUGGUACACAAAGUAUCUGCCAAUUAUCCUGGAUCCAGCCGAUGA